CGCGGGCUCCAGGCAACCGGGCGAGGCAGAUGGCGGCCAUGACGGAUGACCUGGACCAGCUCCUGGACGAGGUGGAGAUGCGCUUCUGCAGGAGCGGCCCGGCGGCCGGGGGCAGCCUGGAGGGAGCGGAGGGAGCGGCCGGAGCCGGGGGCUCGGACAAGGAGAUCACCGACAGUCCCAUCAGUUGAUGAUGAAGAGGAAGAUGAUGAAGAGGGAGAAGAUUUAAAUGACCUUAUUAAAGAUAUUUUCCAAGAUGAUCCAACUGUAUUGGACCUUUCUAAGUCAAGUGGAAGAGCAGUAACAAAUUGUGCAGCUCAUCAGGCCAAUGGUAGAAAAUGUUCUCCAGUUUACCUUGGUGGCAGUUCUGCACCCCACGGACUGGGAACAAAUACUUCUCACAGAACAUGUGAUCAGCUGCGAUGUACUACUUGCGACUUUAGGGUAAUUGCCAUUGAUGACUGUGAAUGGAACAAGUCUUGCGACUACCUUUUUUUCAGAAACAGCAUGCCUGACGUUAGUAAACUGGAAGUAAAGGCACUGAGCAAGAAAGGGGCCCGAGCAUACGCCUGCCAGUGCAGCUGGAGGUCCGUCCACACCCUGACCGAUAUCAGGGAAGAGCAGCAUCUUCGAUGGGUCUGUGGCAAACACUAAGGGCUGGCCUUGUCCAUUCCCCUUCAGAGAGGUAAGAGGGGGGGGGGGGGUUCUCUUCCGAUGUAUUACCUGAAAUAUCACCACAUUUCCAGAACUUUAUUACAUGCACGACAAGCUGCAUCAGUUUAAGCGGGCCUGCUGUUCGGGAAAACUAAAGCUGCCAUUGGAAUUCUUCUACAGGAUGCUUUGAGGACUGGGGGGGUUGGUGCCAAACUGAACCGUUCAAUGCACAUUGGCAUUUUCAGUCCAGUGCAUUUGGACUUGCAAGACCAGAGGUUAUUGUGCGACUGUGGAAAGUAAAACGACAAAGGUGGAAGGUGAAAAUAACCCAUUAAAAAGAAAACAAGGCCUUCUAUUUUUUAAAUCCUUUCAGAAUUGACUGCUUAUCGACGAGUUGUCAUGAUGUCAGGAUUGUCAUCCUUUAACGUUUGAGGACUUCAUUGGGUUGGAUCUAUUCAUAGCGAUCGGACUCGCUGAAUAUCAUCCGGUGUGAUGGCAAACCCAACUGUACAUUUGCAACCAUACGGUUCGGAAACAAUACAGGUUUCCAAGAUUAACCUUUGGAAAAAGAAGUGUCCCACAGUGGGAGAGAAAACGGUUUUAAAGGUCACCACGCAUCAGCCUGGAAGGAAUUUAUUGAGUUUAUUAAAUGAUGCAAAUUGGAAUGCCCAGUAUCAAAAUGCCUGUACACUGGAUAAAGAAAUAGUGGGUAUUCCAUUUUAUGUUUGUUAUAGUUUAUACAACAGUUUUUUUUUUUUUUUUAACAUUUUGGCACUUUUAGGUACAUUCCCUGCUAUGAAAAGUAUUUCGUUAAAUAUGUAAAUAAAGUUGAAUAUUGGCAAGCAA